GCCGCUGUCCGUCUUGCCCGCCGCGCUCCUCCCUCUCGCUCUCCCGCGGCGCCCGGCCCUCCUCGCCCCUCAGCAGCAGCAGCGGCGGCGACCACAGCGCCGGGCCAUGGCCGAGUGGAGCCCCGCCCAGGCUCUUCAGUGGGAGGUGGAGCCCCAGCCCAUGGCAGCUGCCCAGCCCCUCGGCGCCCCCGAGCAGACGCCCAUGGGGGACGUGCUCCCCGAAGCGGCCGAGCUCUCCCUGACGGUCGUGGCUGAAAUCCAAGCGGUGGAGAGCAAAGUGGACUCUUACGCAGCGCAGCUCAUGAGCCUGGAGGGGAGGAUGGGGAUGGCCGAGACGAAGCUGGACGGCUGCGAAAAGACCGCCGUCGAAUUCGGGAACCAGCUGGAGAGCAAGUGGGCUGCCCUGGGGACCCUCAUCCAGGAGUACGGGCAGCUCCAGAGGAGGCUGGAGAACAUGGAGAACCUGCUCAAGAACCGCAACUUCUGGAUCCUCCGCCUGCCCCCAGGAUCCAGGGGGGAAACCCCCAAGGUCCCUUUGCUGUUUGACGAAGCCUCCUGCAGUUUCUCCGAGCAAGAGUGGCGCAGCUUGGAUGAAGGGCAGAAGGACCUCUACCGGCACAUCAUGAAAUGCAACUACAAGGCCGUGGUCUCUAUGGACGCUGCCAUCUCCAAACCUGACCUGCUCUCUCGGAUCGAGCAAGCAGAUGUCGCUGGUCGGGGGGAUGUCGAGGAAAGAGAAGCCCUGAAGGAGACCACCCUGGGCUCUCCGAUUUCCGCCCUCAACGACAGCUCCUGGAUGGAGCCAGAGGAAAUGUCCCUGGUCAAAAGCAUGGGCGACUUGGAGGACAGCGAAAUCCCCGGAGAGCCCACCAUGAGUGCUCCGCAGCUCCUGGAAGAAGACCCCGAAAGCUUGGAGCUCCCCGGCAUGUUCCCCAGGAAAUGGACGGAAGUCUUCCAGGGCCCAGGCGAGGAACUGCUCUGCGAGAGCCACCCCGUUUCGGCGGCGCCUGCGAGGAAGCCCCCGGGGAGCAGCCUGAGGCGGUCGGCUCGCUGCGUGGCUGAGUCGAGGAAAGAGGACCCCUCCUCUGCGUUGGCGGCAGAGGCCCACACUGGGCCCUACAUCUGCUGCGAGUGUGGGGAGGGCUUCCUGGACAAGCAGCUCUUCACCGCUCACCAGAAGACCCACGACGGAGGCGGGAGCUAUCCCGCGAUGGACCCCCGAGGAGGAGGGGGAGGGGGCCUGAAGCUGAAGCCGAGCUCCUUACCUCUCCAGAGGGCCCCGACGCCGGCGCGUCCCAAGCCCCCGAAACGGCCCGAGCCGCAGAGGAGCCCCGCCCUCAAGCCCGGCGCCGGGAAGCGCCCCGGGAACCACAUGGUUGAGCGCCCCUACACCUGCACGCAGUGCAAGGAGAGCUUCAAGCUGGAGGUGAGCCUCCUUCUCCACCAGAAGCUGCACACGGGGAAGGGCGACGGGCCGCUGACGUGCACCUACUGCGGCAAGGACUUCCGGGACCUCUCCAAGGCCGUCCGGCACCAGCGCAUCCACACGGGCGAGAGGCCCUACCAGUGCACCGAGUGCGGGAAGAGCUUCAUCCGCCGCGACCACCUCCUCAAGCACUGGCGCGUCCACACCGGGGAGACGCCCUACCAGUGCGCCACCUGCGGGAAGAACUUCCGCUACAAGGAGUCGCUGAACUGCCACCAGAAAAUCCACACCCGCAACCCCACGGCGCACCACCUGGGGCUGGGGGCGCAGGCCGGCCUGGUGGCCUUGAAGCAGGAGCAACCCUACUGUAUGUCCAUUGGCAAACGGGCAGGAUGGAUGGAGGCGGCCGGGCGCCGUCUGGCUUCAUCUCGCCCGCCUUUGCUGCGGGUGCGCGGCUCCUCCUCUUCCCUUCUGCCCCCAGCGGACGGCGGACCCCUCUCUCCGCCUUCCUCCACACCUUCUGAUUCCGGGGCUCCUUCCUUCCUUCCUUCCUUCCCUCCUUUCCGGCGGCUUCUCCGGACGGAUCCAACCCACCUGCCUGCUUGCCUCCCCAGGGGCGCGAUGGCCGCUGAAUGGGAUCCUUCUGCGCAGCAGGGCUUAGAGUGGGGCAGGGGACCCCUGCAGCCGACCCCGGUGCACCCUUCUUUCCUUCCCAAGCGGAGCUGCAGCGAUGGCGCCCACCCGCAGGCCGCUGAGAUCUCCCUCUGGACGGUGGUGGCCGCCAUGCAAGCGGUGGAGAGGAAGGUGGACGUCCACGCAGGGCGGCUGCUGGCGCUGGAGCGGAGGGCGGGGCUGGCCGAGAAGAAGCUCUCCGGGACCGAGAAAGCCAUGGCGGAGUUCAGCCACCACCUGGACGCGCUGGGGACCCUCAUCCAGGAAUACGGGCAGCUCCAGAGGAGGCUGGAGAACAUGGAGAACCUGCUCAAGAACCGCAACUUCUGGAUCCUCCGCCUCCCCCCGGGAUCCAGGGGGGAAACCCCCAAGGUGCCGGUAACCUUUGAUGAGGUUUCUGUCUGCUUCUCGGAGGAAGAGUGGGGGAACUUGGACGAAGACCAGAGGGAGCUGUACAAAAAUGUCAUGAAAGGGAACUACGAGUCUCUGGUCUCGCUGGAUUACGCCGUUGCCAAGCCUGACCUGCCGACCCGGAUCGAACGUGGGCAGGAGCAGGUAGCUGAGGACGAAGAGGCCCCCAGGAGCAUCAGCCCAGAAUUCCCCGCACCCAGAAAUGACACCGUCUCUCUUGUCCAGCGGGAAAUUGUUCCUUCGGUGGUGGGCGAGUGGGAUUCGGGGGAAAGGGGGGCGCCACCGGACGAAAGCCCAGAUGCCACCCUCUUCGCUCAGGUGCCUGCCAGGCCAGAGAUGACGCCUGGGGACCUGGGGCAGUACAGCGCAUUGCCAGAGACCUUGGACCAGGCCGUCUUCCACUUCCCCGGGGAGGGCCUGGCGUGCGUGGACGGGCAGGCGCCCGCCGGCAGCCUGGAGGAGCCCGCCGCGUGCGGGAGCGACUUUGCGGACUUCACCACCAUCAUCGUGCCCGAGGGGGCCCUCCCCGGCGAGGCCCCGUACGUCUGCGCCGACUGCGGCAAGAGCUUCCUGUACGAGGAGCAGCACGCCCUGCACCAGCGGACUCACCCCCAAGCCUCCCCCGAACCCGGGGGGAGCCCCGCCUCGAGCCUGCAGCCGGCGGGCGAGGCGUACCCCUGCCCCGAGUGCGGGCGCUGCUUCCCGCACCAGGCGAGUCUCAGCAAGCACCGGCUGUGGCACUCGGGCGAGCGGCCUCACACUUGCCCCGAGUGUAAGAGGAGCUUCCGCCUGAAGAUCAACCUCCGUCUGCACCAGCGGACCCACGCCGCGGCGGCCGGCCUGGUGGGGAAGGCGGGCCUGGGGGGGAAGGCGGGCUCCUACAUCUGCGGCGAGUGCGGCCGCAGCUUCAACCACCACUCCAACUUCCUGCGCCACCAGAUGAUCCACACGGGCGAGCGGCCGUACGCCUGCGGCGAGUGCGGGAAGACCUUCAUCCGGAAGGAGCACCUUGCCACCCACGGGCGGCUGCACACCGGCGAGAGGCCCUACCAGUGCCCUCUGUGCCAGAAGAGCUUCACCCGCAAGCAGCACCUGGUCGGGCACCAGAGGCUCCACGAAGGCGGAGAUCCCUGGCUGGAUGGCCAUUCGGGGCAGAGCCCUCUCCGGAGCCAGUGGGGCAGGGCGAAGACGCGGGGGGAGGCCGGCGGUGCCCCCCGCCUCAGGCAGGAGCGGUUCCCCCCUUAAACACCCCCUUUGGGCUUUUCCGGGGCGCUCGGUGUUGGGACUGAUGAGCAUUAGUGGGAUGCGGGUUGAGGAAGCGGUCGUGGCCAUGGACAACUUGAACCCGGACCAUUGGGGUCGCUAGAGCUGGAGACGGAAAACGAAGCCUGCGGCUUGGAGAGGUUUCUGUUACGGAUUUUGUUUCUUCAAAAGGAGGGGGGGGGAAAUAGAGAUUUCUGCCGACUUUCUCGAAUCCAUCGUACGUUGGCCAAGGCCGAGAAAACGAGACUGGUCCUCUGUUUCAUUUGCUAAGUCUUGAUGGUAAAAUGUCGUUUCCGAACCCGCUUGGCGG